UAGCAAGGUGUGGGCGGGCCCGGCUGAGGCGGCUGGCGGCGCCCAGGCCGGGCGGAGAGCCUCCAUGAGCAGGCGCUGCCCACCUGUCGCCUCCGUCCUGAGGGGACUCCUCAGCUCCGCUUUCCUCUGCCUGGCGCGGAACAUGAGCCUGCGCGGGGUGCCGGCUGCCUGCCUGGCGGGGCCUUCGGGCAGCGGCAGCGGGAGCAGCCGCAACCUCUUGGCCCGCGCCGCCGGUGCCUCCGCCGCCUGCCUCUCGUCGUCCCCACGGGUGAAGCUGCCGUGGCUGCGGCUGCCCGAGGUGCCGGGCGCCGAGCCCUACCGAGCCAACGACGUGCUGCUGUUCUUGCCCCCGCCCGCCCCGCGCCUGGAGCUGCCCCAGCAUCAUGUCAUCUACUUCCCCGGGGACGUGCAGAACUAUCAUGAAAUAAUGGUUUGCCAUCCAGAAAAUUUCCAGUGGGAACGCUGGUGCUUAGAAAACAUCGCUGCUAUCCUCGGCCAUCGUUUCCCCGGCAGUUACAUUUGGGUUAUAAAAUGUUCUCGGAUGCAUUUGCACAAAUUUAGCUGUUAUGACAACUUUGUGGCAAGCAAUAUGUUUGGAGCGCCUGGACACAGCACAGACUUUGGAGCCUUCAAACACCUCCACGCACUGCUGGUGAAUGCAUUUAAAAUUGCACAGAACGUUCUGCUUUCAAAGAAGACCACACAUGGUUUUAGUGAGGAUGAAAAGGCCACACUGUACAAAUCUCCCACUGUUCCUACUACCAAUGGAUGUCCGACAACAGAAAAAGAGCAAGACUGUGAACGCUUCAGCAAUUCAACCAUGAACUUUAUUGAACCUUCUGUGAUUGGUGGGGUGUCAUUCACUUUAAUAGGUUUCAGUAAAGGUUGUGUUGUCUUGAACCAAUUACUUUAUGAACUAAAGGAAGCAAAACAGGACAAGGACAUAGAUGCCUUCAUAAAAAACAUACAAGCAAUUUACUGGCUGGAUGGUGGUCAUUCUGGAGGAAGCAACACUUGGGUGACCUGUCCCGAUGUGCUAGAAGGAUUUUCACAGAUGGGGAUUACCGUUAAUGUGCAUGUCACACCGUACCAAGUGUUUGAUACAAUGAGGUCGUGGAUCGGAAAAGAGCACAAGAGAUUUGUACAAAUUCUUGAGGAGUUUGGUGUGAAUGUCAACAGCCAUCUUCAUUUUGCCGAUGAAGCCCCUUCCUUAGAGAACCAUUUCAGAGUUCACGAAGUAUUCUGACACUGUGAAUGUAUCCCAUUGUUACAUUAACAACAAAAGCACAUCUUGAACUGUGACUUAACAGUUUGAGGCAGUGGCUUCUAAAUCCUGGGAGGCUGAAAUACUAUACUGUGUACUAAUGUUUACUUUUUAUGUUGGCACUGGGCUUGAAUCAAAGUCUGUCUUGCAUUUGCACCUGGAGAGCCUCGAAUCCGUGGCUUAAGGAUGAGGAUUUUUGUUUGGCUCAAAACUGUAUGACUGGCGAGGAGAAGCCACAUCUGUUUAUCUGAACAUAUUCUUCUUAACAUCAGAUGAAAUACUGGCUUGAUAUUUGCUUUUAACAUGUAUGGAUUUAAUUUGUGGCCAAACUUUUACGUCCAGGCUCCGGAAAUAAGUUCUAGGUGUCGAAAAUCUGUGAAAAGCACAUCCUUUUCAUAUCGAAGCCUUAGUUGAAGAACAGUGAAAUCAAGGCUUUGGGAUGCAUUAAGAGCAUUUGUUUCUUGCACUUUUGCAUAGCACAAACAAUGCAAGGUUGGUUACGUUGACGUUGUCUAAGCCUUCAAUGUACAUAAAGUAAAAACACUUUCCUUGGGAACUGAGACAUGGCUAACAUUCAGUUUCAGCAAGGUGUUCUGCAAUUUCUAAUCAUAUCUAAACAUUAGCUUUGUUUGGAGUAUUAAGCAUUUAUUUUCUAGUGACCAAGAUCUGUGUAAUCUUACCCCUGCUUCAACAUUCCCUAUUAAUACUGAAGCUUCACUAAUUCUUAAUACAUUUUUAAAUUUUUGUAUCUUGAGACUGUUAGACCCUUUGGAAAUAACUGUGUUACCUUUCCUAAAACUCAAGCCUCAGACAUCUACAAGGAGUUGAUGUAGUUUGCAGUAGAUAUUAGAAUAAACUUACAGAGGUGGUUGCAAAAGAUCCUAAUACAAUGAUUGCUGUUGGUGUAUACACUGAAACAGUUUUGGUAAAAGGAACAGAAAGAGGUUAGGUUUCUGUAUAAAACACAUCCUUUGAGAAGACUGCAGAAGCACCAUAGUGUUAACCUUGAAAGCCAAAAUUUACCUGUCACAAUCAGAAAAGCAUCAACAACUGUGACAAGAGCACACUUUAAAUGGCCUCAAACUCAGUAUUUCCAAACAAUCUCCAUACUGUAAUAUUGCCAGAACACAGUAUCAGUCUAAACGUUUAAGUGAAUUACACUGAAAUCCUAAGCAGUUAUUCCAGUCUAAGUCCACUGAAAUGAAUGUGUUUAGGCUGGAGCAAAUCUCUUCAGGAAUGCACCGUUAAUGGUGUAAUCCUCUGCAGACUUACUCCAAUCUAAGCCCACUAGUUUCAGUAAGCUUAAAGUAGCCACAGGGCCACACUAUACAUUACUACAGAGCCGCUCCCCAUCCCAAAGCUUCCAUAUGGCUUCAGGGAACACAAGCUGCAUCCGGAGAACCUGGCCCCAGUUCCUUAAAAACAGUAAUGUGUUGUUUGGCCAUAACUCUGCAGAUGAUUGCACUAUGGAUAAUAUUGUGGCAGAAAAUGGUACCCAAAACUGGAACUGAGAACAAAACAAUACAAUCCUCUCAUAUCCUGUUAAGAUUAAAUGCGAUGUAGACCACAUAACCUACGGAAGUGACAAAACAGCAUUUAUCGUGCAUCAAAAGGAUAUGAAGUGAGGUUCUAGGGGCUUAUGUGAAAUGUGAGAUUAGCUGUGCAGUCCUGUGCAGAGUUAAACCAAUCUAAGCCCAUUCUUUUCAAUGAUCUUAGGCAUAAAUCUGCAUAGGAUUGCACUAAAUGCCUGUCUGUUUAAUAUGGACACUAGCUCUGAUUUAGCAGUUCUUUGCUGGACCAGAGAGUUACAUUGACAUCAGUUCAGGCCUGCACACAAAGCAAAAUACUUGUAGAAGUGAAAAGUGAGCUUGGCUUGGGAAAGUGCGUGAGGUGUGUCUCAAAGUGCAUGCAAACCUCUGGAUCAGGACAUUUUGGGUAGCUAUACUAGUGUGCGUUCUUGGAUAGCAGCAGUACUUCUGUCAUCGCACAUUCCACUCACGUUUCUGCAGCACUUUGAAUUACAUGAGAGAUCUAGGCAAAGGCUUUUGCCUUUCAGUUUGCGGAGAUUGUUUUAAAGUAAAAUUUGCUUGGAGGUAUCUUAAUUAUCCCUCUUGUGACCAAAAUCCCUAGCUUUUUAGCAGCCACUGUUUUGCUAUCAGCUGGAAUACGAAGACUGAGAGCUGGACAGAACAGUUAUGCUUAAGGGAGUAUCUUAGAAUAACUAUUUCAGAGAGAUGAAGGUGUUUUCUUUGCCAAUCCAUAUGGCACACAGCAACCACUAUUGGCCUUUGAAAGUUUUGCGGCCCUGUUUUUAUAAAUCAGCACUUUUAAGCAGUAAUAGGUGCUGACCUUUUUGAAAUGGUUCUCUAAAGUUAAUUUUUUCCAGAACAACUAGCUGCAGUGUUGAAAUCCUUGAGAUAGUUGACUGACUGUUAGAUUGUGCCUCUUUUCAUUGCAACAUAUGAGAGAAAUGAGCAGAUAAUAUAACAUGGUAAGGGGAGAUCUGUGGCUAUAAGUGUCAUGAAUGUAAAACGAAUGAAAGAUUCCUCAGUGAAUUGUUUUGAUAUUUUGCCAAUGUCCACAAAAGUAAUGUUUGAGAAUUCAGAAUUAUCUAAAUACUUGCUUGUAAUCUUUGAAUUCAGUGUUACAGUAAAAACUGAAAAAAUAAAUUGAUCCUAAUAACCAGGUUGCAAUUUUUCUACUA